AUGAAUGGGAUCAAAUGGUAUGAUUUGACAGAAGAUAUGUCGGACCAAAUGGACGACUGUUUGGGUGAUAUAGGCAACGCCCGCUACACAAACAGCUGUUCUGUAGCUAACAGACUUAUGGACUUACCUCUCAUAUCAGACCUUACAUCUGAAGGUCUUUCCCGAGACUACAGAGGAUUAGCAGAACUGAUGGGCUUUUCAUACGCUGUCAUCGAUUCCCUCCUAAGAACUAACGAUCCCUUCAAUGGUCUCCUCGAGAGAUAUCAGACCCGAAGUGACGCCACGUUUGCACAACUCAUCCAAAUGUUGACUCGUAUGGAGAGGUUUGACAUCAUUGACGACAUGACACCUAUUCUUCUCAAUGACGCCAAACAUUACACUAAUCUUAACCCCAAUUCAAUGGUGUCUUCGCACACAAACCAAUUGAUGACAACCGUUGAGCGGAUAAUCACUUACGACGCGUAUGUCUGCUAUUCUGACAAAGACUUUGAUUUCGUUCAACAAUUGUCUCAAUUUCUUGAAUCUCCAAAAAUUGGUUUGCGAUUAUUUAUAAGAGAUAGAGACCUAUGUCUGGGUUCGUGGGCUUACGAGACGUUCGCGCAGAUAAUCGACUCGCAGUGCCGUAAAGUAUUGAUCAUUCUUUCGCCCGAUUUCUUCGAGUGUCCCGAAUGUGACUUUCAGACGGCAUUCGCCACCGGACUCGCCAUUGAACAAAGAAAUCGUAAACUGAUCCCAAUUAUAUACAAGAAGUGCGAUUUGCCGCCAAUCAUACGAAUGCUGACGAAGAUCGAUAUGACCCGAAGCUUAGACACCGCCGACUGGUCUUGGAAUCGAUUGGUUAACUCUAUUAGAAACGAUUCCGUCAACAAAUCAAUUGUCACAAAACCUAUGAAUUGCCAAAACAGAGCAACUCUUCUACAGUUGCCAUCAGUUCCCAGU